AUGAUGACAGUCAGCAUCAAGUUCAAUACUGCCAUCUCUUGGAAUACCAUCCCAGCAAACGGCACGGUGCGAACCAACCCCAGUAAACGUCACCGUGAUCGUCUCAAUGCGGAACUUGAUCGGUUGGCCAGCUUGUUGCCCUUCGAUUCGGAAACGGUCACCAAGCUUGACAAACUCUCAAUCCUGAGGCUCAGUGUGAGCUAUUUGAGAAACAAGAGCUACUUCCAAGGCGAAAAAGUAAACUCAGCACUGUGUACAUUUUCUGGACUGAGUUUGCUCUGUAUCUCUGCCCCAGCUGCCGUGAGAGAGGGAGGGGUUAUACCGGGAAGAGAAAAGAAUGUGAACUUUACCCAUUUCUUAUCUUUCUCCUUCUUCUUCUCUUCCUCUUUUAUCAACUCCUCAGGCGCACAUGACAAGGAUCUCUUCCAGACUAGUUCCUCCAACGUUGGCCUUGCUCGCUUCCUUACCUGCCCCGCCUCCUCUUCCGGGUCUCCAUCCCUGACCGUUACCGAUGGCAACGGGCAGAAGACCGAGGAUGCCAUCCUCCUGGAAGAAGAGGCUCAGAUGUACAUGCAGGCUCUAAAUGGGUUCAUCAUUGUGAUCCAGAAUGAUGGACAGAUCUUCUAUGCCUCACCAUCUGUACAGGAGUAUCUUGGAUUCCAAGAUGCAGACAUCAUGCACCAGAAUGUCUUUGAGCUGAUCCACAAGGAAGAUCGGGAGGACUUCCAGAAGCAGCUCCUGGUGUGCCCACCCACAACCUGCUCACAGGAUGUGACCCAGAGGAGUCUCACAAGUUCCAAUGGCUGCAGCGAUGACCAAGAUGUACCCCCUGAAAUGAAUGAGUCAGAGCCAUCAUUGGACCGAAACUUCACCAGUCGCCUCAGAUGCCUCCUAGAUGAAUCCUCAGGGUUUCUGAGCCUGCAGUUCAGCGGGCGUAUGCGUAUGCUCCAUGGCCAGCGGACGAGAGGCAAGGAUGGCAUACCCGUUGACGUGGACCCACCAGAGAUGGCGCUCUUCGCAUUGGCCUGUCCCCUCCAGCAGCCUACCAUCAUGGAGAUCUACGUGCGGAAUAUGAUCUUCAGGACGAAGCACAAGCUUGAUUUCAAGACGGUCAAUCUCGAUGCAAAGGGCUCUGAAGUUCUUGGUUACACCGACACAGAGUUCCGGGCCUUGCCUGGCUACCAGUAUGUGCAUUAUGAAGACAUUAUCUACUGUUCUGAGAUGCAUAGCUCAUUGAUCCGUAAAGGAGAGACUGGUUUCAUCUACUUCCGGUUGAUGUCAAAGGUCAUGAAGUGGAUCUGGGUCCAGGCGAAAGGGAGGGUCAUGUACAAGAAUGGCAAGCCAGACUACCUGGUCUCCACCCACAGGCCAAUGAGUGACGAGGAAGGAGAUCAGCAUCUGAUGAACCGUAGGAAGCCGUUCCGAUGGCCGUUCACAGGGAAAGCUGACCUGUAUGAUUGCAACCCACCAUACCCUCCCAUUCCACCAGUCAUACUGCAUGCUCUUCAGAGAGGGGAGAUUCCCAGCUUUGGAGGAGGGCCACCCCCAGGAGUCCCCAUGGGAGAUAUGCCUCCAGGAAUGAGCGGAAUGCCACCAGGAAUGGGGGGUAUGCCACCGGGCAUGCCUCCUGGUAUGCCUCCUGGCAUGCCUCCUGGCAUGGGGGAGAUGCCUCCGGGAAUGACAGACUUCCCUCCAGGUGGAAUGCCCCCCUUUGGAGACUCUAUGAAGUUCGGAGAUGACGGGCCACCACCGUUUGGUAUGAACAAGGAAUCCAUGUUUAGUCCGAGGUCGGAAAGGGGUGGGACUCCAUCGUUCGAAGGACCCACACCGAGGUACCAGUUUAAACGAUCGCCUGGGUACUCCCCUCCCAACUACUCCUGCGAGGGCAUGGAGAAUGGUGUUAAUGAUAGGGUCGGUGGUGUCUUUGAUCAGAGGGUAAAUGGAAACAGAAGUCUUUUGGAAAAUGGAAUCAAGGGGCACAUCAGCCCCCAGGAGUCCCUUCCAACAAUGGCAGGGGAAUCCCUGAGGACAGAGUUUUCUAGAAAUAUUGGGGAUGCAUCUGUUAAUAUGUUGAGUGAAUCACAGACCUUGUCAUGCAGGCACAAUGCUUUGAACAGUUUACCUGCUGAUCAAAGUGCUUUGUCAUCACCUCAGAUGCAUCCACAGCAGCUCCAACAGCAUCAGCAACAACAGCAGCAGCAACAGCAGCAAUAUCAGCAACAGCAGCAGCAACAACAAAAUCGGUAUCAGCAGCAGCAUCAGCAGCAGCAGAUCUCUACAUAUUUACCAUUGCAGAACCAUUCACAAGGCGCUGCCUUAGAAACUUCCAACAUGUGCUCUCCGCGAUCAACAGGUAGCAAUGACAGUGGGUUUAACAGUGUGCCCAUGCAUGGACAGAUGCAGAACAGUGGUAUUGGCCGUAACCAAGCAUCAAGGAAAGUGGCUGUAGUGAGUCCUUGCCAAGUGAGUCCCGAAAUGCAACUUCCUCAGAGAGUCAAAGACCCCAGGGCUCCUGCACUUAGCACAGGGAGCAUCGACAGUGGGGUGGACAACUUGCCAUUUGAGAAUGGAGAUGAUAUCCCAACAUUUGACGAAGCCCUUUCCUUAUCAGCGUUUGAAUCAGGACAGCAAGGGGCCAUUGCAAGAACUCUUAUGGCAAGCAGUGGUCAUGACCUGCUUGAAUCAAACACAUGGACUUCUAACAAUGAACAAUCAUAUAAUGCCCCAAAUCAGGAAUUCCACAAUAUGCCAAACCAAAUUGGACCAAAAGUAGAAAUGAACACUAUGCAGUUUAACCGUAUGCCAACUCAUAAUAAUGGACUAAAUCAUGACUCUUGUAAUGUCUUGAGGUCGUUACUGAGUAAUCCUCAGACCCAGGUCUCUUGUAAGCAGGAGGUGCAGAGUUCUUCAUCUCCAGUCACGUCCAUCACCCACCCAAACACGGUAGAAUGGGGGUCACCAUCGGCCAAAACCCCUGUAACUUCCCUGAAUUCAGUCCAUCCCCAAUCCAGACAGCAACCCAGCAUGGCCACUCCUCAGUCCAAAAAUGUGUUCAUGCAAGGUUCUGGUUCCUCGCAGCAAAUGCCGCAUCCUGUGCAUUCUUCCAGGGUACCUCAUUCACAGCAGCAAACCAAGCACAGCCACCAGUCUAGCCAUCAAACCAACCUGAUGCAGUCUCAGGCGAGCUGCAAGGUGGAUGGUCAGAGACAGCAGCCACCAGCUCAACCUGUCUUUGAUUCUCCAAACAUUUACAGUCCUCUAAACAAUCUUCCAGUGACCAGCCAGCACACUUCUAAUAUUCAGAAUCAGUCUCAGCAAAGUGGGCAGAACUCAACGCAAGCACUGAGGCAACAGUCACAUCAACACCAACAACAGCAGCAAUUCUUGGAAUUGCAAAGGCAACAGAAGCGAAUCCAACAGCCAAAUAGAGCUGCUGACAUUUCUUCCAACAGUCAACAGCAGUCAUGUCGGCAACAGACGCAACAACAUGCAACUCAAACCCAGAUACAACAACCUUCAAGGGCUACUGCUAUUUCUUCUCAUCAUCCACAACAACAGCAACAGUUGGUUCAGCAACAACAGCGUCAGAUGUAUCAGCAACCACAACAAAUGCAUCAGCAGAAUCAACAGCUGCAGCAACAGCAGUAUCAACAGCUGCAGCAACAGCAGUUCAACCAACAGCAACACACCUUUCAGCAACAACCACAAGUGCAUCAGCAGCAACAGCAGCAGUGGCAACAGCACAAUCAGCAACAGCAGCAGGGCCAGCAGUUCAAUCAACAGCAGCAUCGGCAGCAACAUAACUCCAGCUACAAGACAACAAACUUGCCAGUGAUGAAAUGUGAAAUGGAGACAAGGUACUCACAUGGCAUGGCAUCACAGAACAACAUGCAGUCGGACAGGAUUGGUUUCUCAGGAAACCAAGGGAUGAUUCACAAUGGUGGUGGAAGUCUUGGACUUGAGUUUAAUCAGGACAUGUCGAUUCCUGGCAACAACCUUCAUCCCACCAGCCAACUCGACCCGAUGACCUCGGACAUGACAUCGGAGCUCCUGUCCGCCAUGAUGCCCAAAAUGGGUGGCCAACAAGGAGGGGAGAACCAGGGACUCUUUGAGCUUCCAAUGAAGGGCAUGGUCAUGGGGAGCGGUGCUAUCAUCCAGAAUGGCUUCCAGGUUGCACUGACCCACACCUCCAAUGUCUGAGAUGAGUCGAUCCUGUGCCGAUCCCUUGACGAUCCUCCAAGUUCCGGGUUUGAAUCCAGGGGUGCCAGCUUGCUGCCUGCUUCCAUUUCAGGCCCCCUUUCAAAUCCAGGACUAGUCCAGGGUUAAUCUAUGAAGUGUACUUUGAUGGUUUGGCUACGCAUGAACCUUGACCCUUGACCCGGCCUGAUCUGACAUGUCCGGAGAUUUUCACAGCCACAAUCCAGGCAGUAGUGCUCAUCAAGGUGGUGUGCUUAGUUUAUUAAGUCCAUUGUAAGGAAUGCCAUGGUGUUGUGCUUAGAAAUCAGAUAUUUGCCUCUCUCUUUUAUACAUUUACAGCUUCAAGAAUUGCAAUUCAUUGAUAGGUUUCUUUUAUAAACUUAAUCAGAUUUAAAAAAAAAGAACAUCAUCUGCGUAUUCAAUGAAAUUUGAUAGUUAUCAUAGAUAUUUUCCUUUCUAUCUUUUUUUAAUCAAACUAAAC